AGGGGGCAGUGGCGCAUGUCUCGGCGGUGGCAGGGAAGGAAGAAGUCGCAAGGCGGAAGCGUUCCCGCCGCCGCUCUUGCCCGCCCUCCGGCGCUGCGCUCGUCUCCUCCCUUCUCUCCGCGGUGCGCGCGGCCGAAGGUCGCCUGGAGUCGCGAGCGCGCGCGGGCGAGCCGGGAGAGUGCGGCCCUGACGCGGGCGAGCGACCCACCCCUCCCCUUCCCUUCAAUUCCCCGCCACCGGGGCCUGGCCGGGCUGAUGGAGCCUCUUCCGCUCCCCACCCUUGGGAAGAAGAGCCUUUAUGGUGUGGAGGUGAAGGCAGGACGGAGAGUGCCAUGUGAACUGAGCCUGUCCCAGCGUGGUGAGGAAUAUGAUUUGGUUAUCCAUUCCCGGGAGAAGGACCCCCCUGUUCAAGAGAGCAUUCCUAUCAACAGCCGUUUUAAAUGUGUGCAAGAGGCUGAAGAAACUCUGCUGAUAGACAUAGCGACAAACACUGGCUGCAAGAUCCGAGUCCAGGGCGAUUGGACAGCAGAGCGCCUCUUUGAGAUCCCAGAUGAGGAGCAGUGCUUGAGGUUCCUCGCUGAGGUUCUGAAAGUGCAGGAAGUCCCGCUGAAAGCUUCUUUCCCUGAUCUUGUGGAUCAUGCCUCUUGGCACCAGGUGCAAGGCCUCUCGGGAGCUGCUGAUCCUUUUUCUGCAGGAAAUCUGGGGUUUGAGGAUAAUUUCAGUGCCAUGAGUUUGGAGAAGAAAAGAAACUUGCAGAAUCAGCAAAAGAGUGCCCGCCGGGAGCCACCCCCACCACCGCUGCCACCAAGCAGGCCGUUUCUCCAUGAGAAGGAAAGCAUGAGCAAGGAGCAGCCUAAAGUGAGCAACACCAUGCGCAAGCUCUUUGUCCCUUCCACGCAUACGCAAUCUGGGCAGAGGGAGGGGCUCAUCAAGCAUGUCCUUGCCAAGAGGGAGAAGGAGUAUGUCAACAUCCAGAAUUUCAGGUUUUUUGUGGGGACAUGGAAUGUGAAUGGGCAGUCUCCAGACAGUGGAUUGGAACCUUGGCUGAACUGUGACCCUGAACCCCCAGAUAUCUACUGCAUUGGUUUCCAGGAGCUGGACCUGAGUACAGAGGCUUUCUUCUACUUUGAGUCAACAAAGGAGCAAGAGUGGCUGACAGCUGUGGAAAAGGCUCUGCAUCCCAAAGCCAAGUACAAGAAAGUGCAGCUGGUGCGUCUGGUUGGGAUGAUGUUGCUCAUCUUUGCCAGGAAGGAACAGUUCAGCCAUAUCAGGGAGGUGGUGACAGAGACAGUGGGCACGGGUAUCAUGGGGAAGAUGGGUAAUAAGGGGGGUGUGGCCAUGAGGUUUGUCUUCCACAAUACCAGCUUCUGCAUUGUCAAUUCCCAUCUUGCCGCCCACGUGGAAGACUUCGAGCGCCGCAACCAGGACUACAAGGACAUCUGUGCCCGGAUGAGCUUCCUGCCCCCUGACCAGGGUCUGCCGCAGCUGACAAUCAUGAAGCACGAUGUUGUCAUCUGGUUGGGAGAUCUAAACUACAGGCUUUGCCUUCCUGAUGCCAAUGACGUGAAAACUCUGAUACAUAAAAAGGAGCUUCAGAAGCUGCUGAUGUAUGACCAGCUCAAUAUUCAACGUACUCAGAAGACAGCUUUUGCCGAUUUUACAGAAGGUGAGAUCAAGUUCAUCCCCACGUACAAAUUUGACUCUAAAACAGAUCGCUGGGAUUCCAGCGGGAAGUGUCGUGUGCCAGCAUGGUGUGACCGAAUCCUCUGGAGAGGAGGCAGCGUCAAUCAGCUCCACUACCGAAGUCAUAUGGAAUUGAAGACAAGCGACCACAAGCCUGUCAGCUCCCUCUUCCUCAUAGGGGUGAAGGUUGUGGAUGACCGGCGGUACCGGAGGGUGUUUGAGGAUAUUGUUCGGUUGAUGGACAGGAUGGAAAAUGAAUUCCUUCCAUCGGUGGAGCUCAGCAGGAGGGAGUUUUUGUUUGAGAAUGUGAAGUUCCGGCAGCUGCAAAAGGAGAAGUUCCAGAUCACAAACAACGGGCAGGUCACCUGCCAUUUCUCCUUCAUCCCCAAGCUCAACGACAGCCAGUACUGUAAGCCGUGGCUUCGCGCUGAGCCCUGCGAGGGAUACUUAGAGCCAAAUGAGACAGUGGACAUCUCCCUAGAUGUAUAUGUCAGCAAGGACUCAGUGACGCUUCUCAAUUCAGGGGAGGACAAGAUUGAGGAGAUCCUUGUCCUUCACCUCGACCGUGGCAAGGAUUACUUCCUCACCAUCAGUGGUAGCUACCUGCCCAGCUGCUUUGGGACCUCCUUGGAGGCCUUGUGCCGGAUGAAACUGCCGAUUCGUGAAGUCCCCGUCACCAAGCUUAUUGAUCUGGAGAAGCCGUUUCUGGAGAUGAUGCCCCAGGAUGGCAAUGACUCCAGUGAGCGACCUUUGCACAUCCCCAAGGAAAUCUGGCUCUUGGUGAACCACCUCUUCAAGAACGCCUGCCACCAGGAGGAUCUCUUCCAGACACCAGGCAUGCAGGACGAGCUACAGGAUAUCAUAGAGUGCCUGGACACCAGCAUUCCUGAGACAAUCCCGGGCAGUAACCACUCAGUGGCCGAAGCUCUGCUCAUCUUCUUGGAGGCCCUACCAGAACCGGUCAUCUGCUAUGAACUGUAUCAGCGCUGCCUUGACUGCUCACACGACAGCCGCCUCUGUCGCCAGGUGAUCUGCCAGUUGCCACGGUCUCACCGAAACGUCUUCCGCUACGUGAUGGCAUUCUUGCGCGAACUGCUGAAAUACUCGGAGACCAACAACGUCAGUGCCAACAUGCUAGCCACCCUCUUCGCCAGCCUCCUGCUGCGGCCUCCGCCCAACGUUCUGUCGAAGCAGAGCCCGCAGGAUCGCCGGCAUGCCAUUACCUUUCUCCUGGGCUUCCUGCUAGGAGCAGAUGACUACUAAAGGUGCCAAAGCGAGGACUCCGUGCCAGCUGUGAGGCAGCUUGGAGACAGAGCAGGAGGAGAGCAGCAAGGCCCACCCUCUGUUCUCUGAUGACAUGGAGGUGAAUUGGCCUCCCAAUCUUCCCACUGCUGCAGAGGGGCUCCGUUGUGCCCUUCCCCAAGCUCUACCCUUUAUCAGCUUUUUCCUCCGCCCCCCUGAUGUGGCUGGACACUUGUGGCAUUCCAUACACAUGGUUCCAGGGCCUUGGCAGGCUUUUGGGGAGGGAGCCUGUUUGCUGGGUAUAGCCAGGGAUUUGCUGGCAGUCAUCCUCCACUGGUGCCGCCACCAUUGCCCUCAUUUCCAAUGCAGUACUCCACUCCCUCACUUUCUGUUCCAGCAGAGUGCAUGAUACCCGUGGCAGACACAAGGACUCCCAGCCUGUCCUGGGGUUGCAAGACCAACUUUUGCUGCCCCUUGGCCCCAAUGCUGGUGGGGAAAGGGUAGACCACCCAUGUGGCCCACAUGCUCUGUAUAGUUUCAGGUAUCUACCCCCAUUCUGCCAAGUAGUCUCUGUCUGGGGCAUUAAUUCUUCAUGAAACACUAAGCACUGCCUAAGGGGGUGGGGUGAGGGAGGAAGGAGAGGGGGCAGAUAGGGCAGCAGGAGGAGAUCUGCCUCAAGCUGGGGCAGUGGGUAGAGCUGCCCUCCCACCCCAAGUUCUGAAAUCUUGUCUGUUUUGUUUUCUCUCUUGGAUUCCUGUACUUUGUGCACACUUUCUCUCUCUUUUUUUAAACUGUAUAAUUUAUUGGAAAACUGUUGUUUCAAAAUAAAAAUCUCCAUUGUGUGAAGA